CGCUCGGAAGGGAGUCGCGAGACGUCGGAGCGGCGGCCACGUAGCGCUGCGGCGGCGGCGGCGGCGGCGGCGGCCGAGGCCGGGACUGCGGAGCGGCCCUGAGGACAGACGUUGGGCAGGGGGGAGGGGCCGGCCCGGCCGGCGGUUGUUACUCGAGCGCCGCGGCUACAGGCCCCCCGCCGCAGGGAUGGACCGCCGAGGCGGUGGUCGGGGCGGCGGAGGCGGAGGCGGCCGGCCCGGGAGGAAAAACAUAUACCCUCAACUUCACCAGAUAUAAAGUGGAAAGUGCAGUGGUUCAUGAAGCAGCUGAACCAGCCACAACUUGCAUUAAAGGAAGGGUACGUGCUUGCAGUGAUAUUCAUAUGACUCAGAGGUUAGGUGGUUGGCUAAGCAGCAAUGUGAGAUAAGAUGCUCCACGUCAUUUGCAGCUUUCUUCAAAAGAAAAAUCACUAGUGCUCUGCUCUUGCCAUAAUACCAAACCUUUUGACUUAUGCUUUGGUGCUGCAACACUGGAAGAAUUGCACACAGGUUCCAGGAAUACCUUUUUUUUCAUCUGAGUGAUCCUUUGUGGAUGGAAAAGGAUUUGAGUCUUAAUAAUUACCCUGUUUUAAAGCUAUUUCUCUAUAGUCUGAACUGCUUCAUAAAUUAGGCCACUUACCAAUGAGCCACACAGUCAGUUCUUGUCAGGAGCUGGUUGAAAACUGUGCUGUGCAUGUAGCAGGGAUGGCACAAGAAGACAGCCGUCGUGGUCAAGUGCCACCUACCUUUUAUCAUGGUGCCAACCAGGAGCUUGACCUGUCCACCAAAGUGUACAAAAGGGAAUCAGGAAGUCCUUAUUCUGUGUUAGUGGACACCAAGAUGAGCAAACCACAUCUCCAUGAAACAGAGGAGCAGCCGUAUUUCAGGGAGACAAGAGCAGUGUCUGACGUGCAUGCUGUGAAAGAAGACCGGGAGAAUUCUGAUGACACAGAAGAGGAGGAGGAGGAGGAGGAAGUCUCCUACAAAAGGGAGCAGAUCAUAGUGGAGGUAAACCUUAAUAAUCAAACAUUAAAUGUAUCUAAAGGGGAAAAGGGUGUCUCUUCUCAGUCCAAAGAGACUCCUGUUCUUAAGACAAGCAGUGAGGAGGAAGAGGAAGAGAGUGAGGAAGAGGCCACGGAUGACAGUAAUGACUAUGGAGAAAACGAAAGGCAGAAGAAAAAGGAGAAGAUAGUGGAGAAGGUCAGCGUUACACAAAGGAGAACGAGGAGAGCUGCCUCUGUUGCCGCAGCUGCCACUUCCCCUACUCCCAGAGCUACAAGAGGUCGUAGGAAGAGUGUAGAGCCACCUAAGCGCAAGAAGCGGGCCGCAAAGGAGCCCAAAGCGCCAGUCCAGAAAGCUAAGUGUGAAGAGAAAGAGACUCUGACCUGUGAGAAGUGCCCCAGGGUGUUUAAUACUCGCUGGUACCUGGAGAAGCACAUGAACGUUACUCAUAGGCGCAUGCAGAUUUGUGAUAAGUGUGGCAAGAAGUUUGUCCUGGAAAGUGAGCUGUCCCUUCACCAGCAAACAGACUGUGAAAAAAAUAUUCAGUGUGUUUCCUGUAAUAAAUCAUUCAAGAAACUCUGGUCCCUUCACGAACAUAUCAAGAUCGUCCAUGGAUAUGCAGAAAAGAAAUUUUCCUGUGAAAUUUGUGAGAAGAAAUUCUAUACCAUGGCUCACGUACGGAAACACAUGGUUGCACACACGAAAGACAUGCCAUUUACCUGUGAAACCUGUGGAAAGUCAUUCAAACGCAGUAUGUCACUCAAGGUGCACUCCUUGCAGCACUCUGGAGAGAAGCCCUUCAGAUGCGAGAACUGUGACGAAAGGUUUCAGUACAAGUACCAGCUACGCUCCCACAUGAGCAUCCACAUUGGGCACAAACAGUUCAUGUGCCAGUGGUGUGGCAAGGAUUUCAACAUGAAGCAGUACUUCGACGAACACAUGAAAACACACACUGGAGAGAAACCCUUUAUCUGUGAAAUCUGUGGCAAAAGCUUCACCAGCCGCCCCAACAUGAAGAGGCACCGCAGAACUCACACAGGCGAGAAGCCCUAUCCGUGUGAUGUGUGCGGCCAGCGGUUCCGCUUCUCCAACAUGCUUAAGGCGCACAAGGAGAAGUGCUUUCGGGUGACCAGCCCCGUGAACGUGCCGCCUGCUGUCCAGAUCCCACUCACAACCUCCCCGGCCACCCCCGUUCCUUCUGUGGGGAGCACCCCCACGACCCCCGCCCCUCCCAUCAGCAUGAACCCCGUCAGCACGCUAACCCCUCGGCCCAUGCCCCACCCCUUCUCGCACCUUCACAUCCACGCACACCCUCACCACCCACACCACCUUCCUAUCCCCCCAGUCCCUCACCUCCCCCCACCUCCAGCUCUCUUUAAGAGUGAGCCUUUAAAUAACAGGGGCCAGGGUGAGGACACCUUUCUGCGGCACCUGGCAGAGAAGAACAGUUCAGCCCAGCAUCACUAACAUCCAUCUCCUUAAACGUGUUCUCCGCGAGUUCCGUGCCCCGGUGUGAGUUUGCAGAGUGGGGGUUGGUGAGCGUUUCUGUAGCUGUCAGACUCUCCUCAGCCUCCACCCAGAGCUUUGUCAUUGUCUUGGUGAAUCAGCACAUCCGAGGGAGUGGACGAGAAGACCCUGAGCUCACGGAGGGAACUGUCGAACCAGGGAACCACCGAACUAAAGCCCAAUUUGCUUGCAUUUUCUGGUGACUUUUAUAAAUUUCAAAUACUCAGACUUGUGGAAUUUUAUAAUUUCAUAUCAGCUGAUGAGGUAUGCUUGCUUUUAUAUCCUGGACUUCUCCUCAAAGAGGGGACAGGCCUGGUUUCCUUUGUACUAAUCGGGAAGGCUGUGACAUUAAUCCAGAGCAUUAAUUGUAUCACUGUGUAUCGUAACAUUCUUUUCAGCUUUCGGUGCUGGCUUCAGAGUCGAGCUAGCCAUGUUUCACAGUAUAUCAAGCAUUAUAGAGAAAGACAGAAAUUUUCUUCUUUGUGUAGCUCUCCUAAUGCACUCUUUAUUUUACUACAGAAAUUAUUUUAGAGUUUUUGUAUAGACUUCUUUAGUAGUCUGUUUCUAAAAUGAAAUGUAUUUCAAUAAGCAGUGUAAUUUUUUCAGUGUAGCUGGACCUAUGUUGUAAAAUAGAAAAAAUUUUUAUAAUCAUCAAAAUGUGAUUCUUAAAGAUGCAUAUAACUUCUAUAGUUCAAAGUUAUUCUUACAUCCGUACAACUCAAAGGUGCUUCAGAGACUAGAUGUAUCUGAAAGGGUCUCCAGACCAGGUUACUGCGAAAAUGAGGUUUUGCUUUCGGAAUCUGGCAUAAGUCCUUGGUAGUUUUUUAAUCUCUGCUUAACACUCGGGGGCCUGUUAGGCUCACGGACAUGCUGUGUCCUCCAUGUUUCGUUCGGUUCAGUUAGUACGUUGAAUGGAAUGAUUUGCAGAGGGUUGAGCCUUUUCCAGGGAGGCCACCUGAAGCUGGCCUGUUUUGAAAAUCUGAGUAAAGCUGCUCGCCAUCAAGAGGAGGAGGUGGCGGAGGCUGUUUCCUCUCAGUCACGUCUCGCUUCCCCCAGAAAUGUGUUCAGGUUCAGCCUCUGUGGGACGACCAACUGAAGUCUCCUAAUACACUGCUCACUUUAAGGUUGCUUUAUUUUUCUAAUUGUCACAAAAAGAUAAAAUAGUACACUAAAAUCACAAACAUGAUGUUGCCUGAUAGCGGCUGAGAAAUCUGGAUAAGAACACAAAUUGGUUAUGACUUUUAAAAUGUCUCUUCUAUCCAUGGAUGUAGUCACAACUUCGAGCUAUUCUAACACAGUUUAAAUUGUGGUGAGAGAGAGAAAACGACGUUUUGCUGCCCUGUCCUCUGCAAGCGAUGAUGUGAUAGCAGCCUUCUUGGUGAUAAGGACAGCCGCAAAUGGGGCAGGUUUGAAAGAGUUUGGGUAACUUCUAAAGAGCAUGGUCAGUCAGGAGCUCAUUAUAAGAAAGGCUGAACAGAAGGGCUGACAGAUUGGUUAUAUUUAACUGAUCACAUUUAUCCAGACUCAGUGUAGAUAAAAAUUUUGUAAUUUUUCAUCUCAGUGAACUGAGUUUCAAAGCGAGGUCUUUCUUUCUCCCUCCCUCUCUCUCUCUCUCUCUCUCUCUCAUUUUUUUAAUCUUGAAAUUUCUUCAUUUUUCUUUCCUCAAGGUUUUAAAUCUUUGCCUGAAUCAGAACCCUGACUUUUAUUUAUUUUUUGAUUUUUAAUAUUAAGUGUGCAGAUAGACUUACAGCACUUUUUCUGGCUGAUUAGCUCUGUGGUAGGAAAACUGGAACUCUUUCCAUUGAGGUUAAGUCCCUAUUUUUAAAAUAUCGCAUUCUCUGUUAGCUUUUUGGUUUAAUAUUUCCAGAUUUUUUCCUUCUGAUUACUGCCUUUGUCUUCUAUAAUGAGCAUAGGAGAAUUUGGGAAUGAGGCGGAAAAGUAUCUCAAGACAUACUUUUCCUGUUUCUGGAUGUAACUUCUAAGGAAUGUGGUUUUAAAUAUUUGUAUACAUUCUUGGAACACUCAAGUACCCAAACCAAUAAGAAAAGUUAAUUCCUUAUUUAUGACUGUUAUAUCUUUAGUGGCUGCCUCCCCUUAUUCACACAGUCUCCUUGGCGUUCCAUGACAAGUUUGUGGAUAUACCAUGUGUGGUAUAUGUGUGGACAUACCAUUAUUUCAUGUCCAAGCUUGUAAUAUUAAAAUGAUGUUCAAGAUGUAAA